GCAGAAACUCACUGCUCUGAAGAUCAAGGAGAAGGAAAGUUCUCCACCAUUCCUGCGAUCUCAAGAGUGGUACUUGUGAAACCAGCUACUUUGAUUAAAAUUCUUUUGGAAUCUGCUUGGCUAAUACGUCUAUGCAAGAUUUCGUCAUGGGAAAUUGCUAUUACAACAUAGUGGCUACUGUGCUGUUGGUCAUGAAUUUCGAGAGGACAAGAUCAUUGCAGGAUUUCUGUAGUAACUGUUCAGCGGGUACUUUCUGUGGGAAAAACAAGCAUGAGCUUUGCACUCCUUGUCCUUCAAAUAGUUUCUCCAGCACAAGUGGACAAAAGGCCUGUGAUGUAUGCAGGAAGUGUGAAGGUGUUUUCAGGACCAAGAAAGCAUGUUCCUCCACCAGCAAUGCAGAGUGUGAGUGUGUGUCGGGAUUCUCCUGCCUGGGGGAAGGAUGUGCCAUGUGUGAAGAGGACUGUAAACAAGGUCAAGAAUUAACAAAAGAGGGUUGUAAAGACUGUUCCUUUGGGACAUUUAAUGAUCGGGAACAUGGUGACUGUAAACCUUGGACAGACUGUUCUUUGGAUGGGAAGUCUGUCCUUGUGAAUGGGACGAAGGAAAGCGAUGUGGUAUGUGGACCAGCGUCAGCUGACUUCUCUCCAGGUGCAUCCUCCACCGUCAUGCCUGCCCCUGGGGGAGAGCCAGGUCACAGAACCCGGAUCAUUAUCUUCUUUCUUGCACUGACAUCGACUGCAGUGCUCUUCUUGGCGUCCUUCGUGGUGCUCCGUUUCUCUGUGGUUAAACAGGGCAGAAAGAAGCUCCUGUAUAUAUUCAAACAACCAUUUAUAAGACCAGUACAAACAGCCCAAGAGGAAGAUGCCUGUAGUUGCCGGUUUCCAGAAGAAGAGGAAGGAGAGUGUGAACUGUGAAGAGGAAAUCCAAAGACAUGUUGGAACUCUCUUGAGAAGAAUCACAGGAGAAAUAUGAGGGAUCCCACUACCGUACCUUUCAAAUUUAAAAGCUCUAUACUGGAUAAUACCAAGGGUUACCCUAACAAGUUUUUUUUUUCUAAAUGCUAAUGACUUGGCCUUUCAAGAUGUACCACUUUUAACAGAACAGAAAAAUAGGACAGAAAUGGUGGUAAAAGUGACAUUUUCUAGAUACUGCUUAAGAGGUUUGGGCUAGAAUUGGCUUGAAUUCCAAAGAGAAUUGUAUUUUAAAUUUAAUCAUGUAGGCCAAUGGUGCAGCUAAAAUUAUAAUCAAAAUCAAUUUUUUUGGUGCUAAUAUGACAUAUGGCAAUAAGCCAUAAGGUGCAGGCACUAUCCCCCAUCAAGUUUUCCAUCGGUUCAGUCAUUCAACACAAGACAUCCUCCAUUGUCAAGGGAGAAUGAGGACAGUCAUCAUCAUUGCCCAAGUUUGGGGUCAAGAGCAAAAAACUAAAAAAAACAGACCUUGGGACUUCCCUGGUGGUCCAGUGGUUAAGACACCUCACUCCCAAUGCAGGGGGCACAGGUUCGAUCCCAGGUCAGGGAACUAAGAGCCUGCAUGCUGCACAAUGUGGCCCCAAACAAACAAACAAACAAACAAACAAACAAAAGAAGAAAAAGCAGACCUUGAGGAACAGUUUUGGAAAGAGUCAAAUGUCCCUGCAUAUCCUUGGUCCUCUCCAUCUUCCCAUCUUCUGCCUUCGUCCUACACCCCGCUGAGCCACAGCUUACUUUUUAUUUUAUUCUUAAAACUUUAACAGUAAUAUUUGAUAUACACAAACUAGUAAAUGAAACAGGAGUGAAGACCCACGAACACAUAGCUCAACCCGAGCGUUAGAGCAGGAGUUGCCAAACUCCCAUGGGCCAAAUCUGAGAUGCCAUGUGCCUUCAUAUAGUUUAUGAGCUAAGAAUGGUUUUACAUGUUUAAAUAAUUAAAAACAAAUCAGAAUAAGAAUAAUACCUCAUGAUGCAUAAAAUUAUCUGAAACUCAAAUUUCAGAGUCCAUAAGUAGUUUUCCUGGAGCACACAAGGCAUGCUCAGGUGGCCUUUGCAUUACAACAGCAGAGUUGAGUAGUUGUGACAGAGACUGUAUGGCCCACAAAGCCUAGAAUAUUUAAUAACUAACCCUUUAUAGGGUCAAAGUCAGGGUCAGAGCAUCCAUCUGUGUGCUGCUUCCCUCCCUCAUCUCCUGUCUACCUCCCCACCCCAACUCCAGGCAACUUCUCACAGGAAUGUUGUCUCUCAUUUCCUUGCUUAAAAGAAAAUCAUGUAUCGUAUAAUUAUGUACCCCACAACUAUUUUACUUAGUUUUGUUUGUUUUUGAGCUUUAUGAAAAUGGUAUUGUGCUAUAUGGAAACUUGUGCUUUAA